AUGACGAAGGCCAAGCACACUGGCUUCAAUCCUGUUGGUCAACCAGGGCGAUCAAAGCAAACCUCUCGCCAAGGUGGCCGCUCACUGCAAGGAGACCUGGAGAACAAGCUUGUGCAGCGUAUCGAAGAGUAUCAAUUCCGUCAAAGUCAGAUAGAGGGUCGAAAUGACAGUGCUCUGCGGGACGAAGACGCCAUCCUAGCGUACGUCCGCUCCGCCGACGCCAGUUUGGCAAGAAAACCGGAGAGAAAUUUACGACAAGCUCUUUCAAAUGGUACCGUACCGGUCAAAAGCAGUGGAAUGUCCACAGACUUACCUCCGAGCGGCGAUUCCGAUGAAGACUUUGACUCAGACUUCGCGUUUGAGCCUGAUGUGGCUGUAAUGGAAGUAAAGGAUACAAAUUCAAUGAAUCUAUCCAUUCUUGGUAUAUACAAUCAACAUAAACCCCCAGAUAGCGUGUCGUCUAGCCCGGUGCCACCUUUAGGAGACUUAAGCCUAGAAGAUGGUGAAAUAAGCAAGUCAGCAGCGUUCGCUACCACCGAAACGGAGGAUCGCGCGUCUCCGAAAGUAUCUAACCUUGACAUCCGAACAUCGGUGGUGAAAAGUAAUAAGCGCCGUCAGAAGGAAACUGUAUCAGUUCAAGAGUCCAAAAAGGUUAAGCGAUCGGGUUCGGAAACCUCAAAAUGGGCAACACCGACAGCACGUUUAGGAGAUCUGGGUGGCAUGGAUCAGUGCAUUGACGAGAUUUUGCAACUCGUUGGUAUGCCCCUGAAGCAUCCUGAGAUCUAUUUGCAUUUGGGCAUUCAACCUCCGCGUGGUAUACUUCUUCACGGCCCACCGGGUUGCGGAAAGACGAUGCUUGCUCAUGCUAUUGCUGGCGAGGUUGGAGUACCCUUCAUAAACAUCUCGGCUCCCUCAAUUGUAUCGGGAAUGUCUGGGGAAUCAGAGAAGAAACUGCGAGAAAUAUUUGAUGAAGCAAAGGAGCUUGCACCAUGUCUCUUGUUUAUUGAUGAAAUUGAUGCGAUCACCCCUAAACGCGAGACGGCACAACGGGAAAUGGAGCGAAGAAUAGUAGCGCAAUUACUAACAUGCAUGGAUGACCUUUCCCUAGACAAAACGAAUAAUAAGCCUGUUCUGAUCAUUGGUGCGACAAACAGACCAGACUCAUUAGAUCCAGCAUUGCGUCGUGCAGGCCGUUUCGAUCGUGAGAUAAGCAUAGGAGUGCCGGAUGAGACUGCAAGAGCCAGGAUACUGGCAAAACUCUGUGCCAAAUUACGGCUCCGUGGUGAUUUCGAUUUCGUUCAUCUGGCAAAAUUGACGCCUGGAUAUGUCGGGGCUGAUCUCAAUGCUCUGACCGCCGAAGCAGGAAUGCUCGCUGUUAAGCGCAUCUUCCACUCCUUGAAGGAGAGAAUUGUGUCCAGUUCUACGGACGGGCCAGCGGCAGUCGUGGAUGACCAGGCGGCUAUGGACAUUGACGAUAAUAAAGUGGGAGAACCCGACAAGGACGAUUCUGCACUCGCCAACGGUAUACGUGAUGUGAUUGCAAGGAACAUAACAGUAGCGGACUUCUUAAACACACGACCCGAACCCCUCACCGAAAUCGAACUGGAACCUCUGUGCAUCACGAGCGAUGACUUUGUCAAAGCUCUCAAGAAAGUGCAACCGUCGGCAAAACGCGAAGGAUUCGCUACUGUUCCCGAUGUGUCGUGGGCAGAUAUUGGUGCCCUGACGCAAGUGCGAGAAGAAUUACGCAUGGCUAUAGUUGAGCCCAUAAGGCAUCCGGAAUUCUUUGCACGCAUGGGAAUAUCAGCUGCGAUGGGUGUGCUUCUCUAUGGCCCUCCUGGUUGUGGUAAAACCUUGUUGGCAAAAGCAGUGGCAAAUGAAAGUCAUUGCAAUUUCAUAUCCGUCAAGGGACCGGAACUCUUGAACAAGUACGUAGGUGAGAGCGAGAGAGCUGUCCGGAUGGUAUUUGCGCGGGCGCAAGCAUCAUCUCCAUGUGUGAUCUUCUUUGAUGAACUGGAUGCUUUGUGUCCUGCGCGAUCGAACGAAGCCGAGUCUCAAUCGUCGUCCCGUCUUGUUAAUACUCUCUUGACUGAAAUGGACGGAAUGCAAGGACGGAAACAGGUUUACGUCAUAGCCGCUACAAACCGUCCCGAUAUGAUCGACCCUGCAAUGCUUCGUCCAGGCAGGCUAGAUAAAGCUCUAUAUGUUGAUCUCCCGAAUGUUGAAGAGCGAUGGGAUAUUCUGAAAGCGGUCGCACGAAAGACACCCCUGGCGCCGGACAUGGACUUGCAUGAGGUUGCGAAGGACGCUAGGUGCGAAGGAUUCAGUGGUGCGGACUUGGCGGCAUUGGUGAGGGAAGCGGCAGUGGCUGCCUUGAGGGAUUGCCUCUAUGCAGCCGGUCCAGGGGUUCCCCCAAUAGAUUUGACGACACACAAAAUGGUUGUGCAGCAGAAACAUUUUGACACGGCGUUCGUGAAAGUUUCUCCUUCGGUUAAUAAAAAGGUAUGCGAUCUGUGGUCGGCGUCUUGA